CAAUUCACUGAUCGUGUUAACCCAAAGCUGCGUCAAACCCGAGUCACGGCCAGCACCAAACCGAAGCUCCAGCGGAGCACCACCACAGUGAAAAACCAUGACGAAGAACGCUAAGAAGUCCCAAUUAUCUCGCUCAUCUCGAGCUUCUGCCUCUGCCAAGGCCCCCAAAAGAGCGUCCAAUGAUGAAAUGGUGUUGAGAGUAAAAUCAAGCGAGGGGAUGAAGAGGUCGGCAAGGCUGAGCAGAGUUAGCGAUGAGGAGAAGAGACCCAGGUCAGCAAAGAAGCCCAAAACAAAGCAGAAGAAGAAGAAUGAUAAAUUUGAUGCCAAAAAGCCAAAGAAACCGCCGACUGCAUUUUUCUUCUUCUUGGAGGAUUUUCGGAAGGAAUUCCAAGAGCAGAAUCCAGAUGUCAAGUCAAUGCGUGAUAUUGGCAAGGCAUGUGGAGAGAAGUGGAAAACAAUGACAUAUGAGGAAAAGGUUCAAUAUUAUGACAUAGCUACUGAGAAACGAGCAGAUUUUGAUAGAGCAAUGGCAGAUUAUAUCAAGAGAAAGGAAAGUGGUGAGGAUCAAGAAACUGAGGAUUCAAAUUCAGAGUUUGAUGAGUAGGGCUGGAGGAUUCUUGUUAUUGGAAAUAUAAUGUUGUAUAUUAUUUUUCGAAUCAUUUUUGUGUAAAUUACUGCUCCCAAUUCCAUUUUGUGAUAACAAAUGUAUAUUUUGACAGUAUGUUCAUUGGAAGAUCAUGAUUCAUGACUUCUUUACUGGGGUCUAGGAGCUUGCUUUCAUUAAUUAGAUAAGAACACUGAGGGAUAUAUUGGGAGUUGUCUUGAAUAAGAGGAACCAAAGUCUCUGUUUA